AAGAAUUUUGCAGGACCCCGAAGUCACGUGAAUUCUCGCGAUGACAUGAAAAAAAAAAGAACGAUUCAAAUGGGCGGGGCUACGAACAUUCUUCAGUCUUUUCCCGAGUAGGUUGCAGCGCCAUUUUUCAAGGCGAACUGUAAAUCCAUCUUUGACCUUCCCAGUUGACCACUGUAUCUGCAGGAAAAAUGACGACCACCAUCCGAUUUGGAACAAGCACUGGUCCAAACAGGACUGCUUCUUCUGAGAGAGCCCAGCUAACAGAGGAAUGUGAUAAAGGUAACUGUGACCCAGACAAACUUCUCCAGUGCCCAUUUGAUAAGAACCACCAGAUCCGAGCCUGCCGCUUCCCUUACCAUCUGAUUAAGUGCAAGAAAAAUCAUCCCAAACUGGCCAGUGAACUGAAAACCUGCCCAUUCAAUGCUCGCCACCUGGUCCCCAAGCAUGAGCUGACUCACCAUACCGAAACCUGUGAGGACAGAAUAUCUGUGGACGCUGAACAGGCCUCAAGGGAACAGUGUGCUAGAUGGCAGGUCCCGGUCAGUACGUGGGUGAACCCAAACAUGACAGAAGAUUGGGAAGAAGAGGCUGAUGAUUCUGCAGCUCCUUUUGUGUGGGGUGUGACCACGGCGUUGAAUGAAAAACAGGACACAAGGCCCACCAACAACCUUGGUCCAUCUUUUAGAAUGCCUAAUACCCUCCCAUGGUCUGAGCUAUGAGACUCGAUUUCGGUUUACUGUAUAUUCAUAGAUCCCUGUUGGAGGCUUAUUGUGUGCAUGCAUGGAUAUUUCCUUUUUAAAGUUGUUCUUAAGUUUUUGACCAUGCAAAGGUUUUAAUUUGCAAAUGGUAAAAUGAUCCCUUGCUGGGUCUGGUAUUGUCUUAUAUCACCACUGUUGCAGAAGUUAAAGGUGUGAUACAAAGAUGUAAACAAUUUUUUAAAUUAAAGGUGUUUAGUGUAAAUUUG